AUGAACCCACGAUUAGGACCUAGCCGUGAAGCAAAGCGGGGGACCGUUGGCACACCUUUCCGUCCUCCGCUUUCCAUCUCCACCUCCACCGCACUACCAGUACCACCACGUACGUCCACCACCACCUCCACCUCCGCCGUGCGGACGCCGCCGGCUUCCCAAUCCCAGCCGCGACGCGGAGGAGGACCAAAUUCCUCCCCCACCCCUCCGUCAAAUCUGCGCGCACCACCUCCGAGAUUUGAGGACUGGAGAUCCAAGCAGUCUGUUAUGUCACUGCGGAGGCAUAAUGCUUUAAGUUCACUUAAGGAAAGAACUGCUGGAAUUUUUGCAUUCCUAGGAAACCUUGUGCAUUCUGAAACCUUAGAGAGAUCGGUGCUGCAUGAAAUGAAGUUGACAACUGGAACUCUUCAUCCUCAGGGACCAUUUCUGCAAAGCUGGAACAAGAUAUUUGUUUUGUCAUGUAUCUUUGCAGUUUCUGUGGAUCCAUUGUUCUUCUAUAUCCCGGUUAUCAAUGAAAACAAUACAUGCUGGUAUUUGGAUAAAAAGUUGGAAAUCACAGCAAGUGUCCUGCGCUUUUUCACAGAUAUCUUCUAUAUACUCCAUAUCAUAUUUCAGUUCAGGACAGGCUAUAUCGCGUCUUCUCCUACAACUUUUGAUCGGGGUGUCUUGGUUGAGGAUAGAUAUGCAAUAGCAAAGCGAUACUUGUCAACAUAUUUUCUGAUUGAUGUCUUUGCUGUUCUACCCCUCCCUCAGGUGGUUAUUUUGGUUGUGCUACCUAAUCUUCGAAGCUCAGAGGUUGCAAAAGCCAAAAAUAUCUUGAUGUUUAUAGUUCUAUGCCAAUAUGUGCCUCGACUGAUCAGAAUAAGACCACUGUAUCUCCAAAUCACAAGGUCUGCUGGGGUAAUUACAGAGACACCAUGGCCUGGUGCUGUUUUGAUCCUUUUAAUUUACUUGCUCGCCAGUCAUGUCCUUGGAGCACUCUGGUACUUGCUUUCCAUUGAACGCAAAGAUGCCUGCUGGAGAGACGUGUGUCGUAAUAAUAGUACAGGCUGUAAUCAGGCAUACUUGUACUGUGGGGAUAAGGAAAACAUAUUCUUACAGACUGCUUGCCUUCCAAUCAACUCAAACAAUAUAGAUCCGAACUUUGGAAUUUAUGUGCCGGCUCUAAAUAAUGUCUCACAAUCAACUGAUUUUUUGGCAAAACUAUUCUAUUGUGUUUGUUGGGGUCUGCAAAAUCUUAGCUCUCGGGGCCAAAACCUUAAGACAAGCACUUACGCAUGGGAGAAUCUGUUUGCACUUUUUGUCUCAAUAUCAGGCUUGGUUCUGUUUGCACUGCUAAUUGCUAAUGUGCAGACCUAUUUGAAGUCAGCCCAUUUGAGAGAAGAAGAAAUGAGAGUGAAAAGCCGUGAUACAGAUCAAUGGAUGUCAUAUCGACUGCUUCCUGAGAAUCUCAAGGAACGAAUACGGCGUCAUGAAAAAUAUAGAUGGCACCAGACGAGCGGGGUUGACGAAGAACUCUUGCUUAUGAACCUCCCCAAGGAUCUUAGAAGGGCUAUAAAACGGCAUCUUUGCUUAUCACUUCUUAUGAGGGUUCCAAUGUUUGAAAACAUGGAUGAUCCGCUCUUGGAUGCCUUGUGCGACCACCUAAAGCCUGUUCUAUAUACAGAAGGCAGCUGCAUAAUUCGUGAAGAGGAUCCAGUAUAUGAAAUGCUCUUCAUCAUGAGAGGUAAUCUCAUGAGUAUGACAACUGAUGGUGGAAUAACCGGCUUCUUCAAAUCUGAUGUUUUGAAAGGUGGAGAUUUCUGUGGCGAAGAGCUCCUGACCUGGGCUCUUGACCCCACAUCAGUUUCCAGGCUCCCUAGCUCAACCAGGACAGUGGAGACAAUGUCCGAAGUCGAAGCUUUUGCCCUGACGGCUGAAGACUUGAAGUUUGUGGCCACCCAGUUCCGACGGCUCUACCGCAAACAGCUCCGGCACACGUUUAGGGCCCCUUUGAAUUGUAGUAGCGAAAUAGUGGAGGAACAGGAAAACACAUUAUUCUGACAGAAAUGUAAGUGUAAAACAGAUGAUUGCAAAACACAUGAAUAAUUGUUUGAUUGGGCCACAGAGAAAA